AUGCUGGAUCCAUCCUCCAGCGAGGAAUCAGGCGAAGAAGUGCUGGCAGAGGAGCCUCGGGAGGCUCCGGCUGCGGUGGGUUCCCAGAGGUGUUUGCCUGCCCAAGAGCGAGAUUGUCGGAAUGAAAAGCGAUCGGGUGCCGGGCGGCCGCGACCUGCUAGUCCCAGCCCUUCGGUCUCCAGUGAGAGGGAUAAACAUGAAGAAGAAAGGCUGCAAAAAGAAAAAGAGGAGAGGAAAACUAAGUUGCAGAUCUACGUCUUUGUGCUGAGGUGUAUCGCGUACCCGUUUAAUGCCAAACAGCCCACGGACAUGGCACGCAGGCAACAGAAGCUCAACCGACAGCAGCUCCAGGCUGUGAAGGAACGCUUCCAGGCCUUCCUCAGUGGAGAGACACAGAUCGCCGCCGACGAAGCAUUCUGCAAUGCCGUGCGAAGCUACUAUGAGGUGUUCCUCAAGAGCGACCGUGUGUCCCGGAUGGUGCAGAGCGGUGGCUGUUCAGCCAGCGACUUCCGCGAGGUCUUCAAGAAGAACAUCGAGAGGCGGGUCCGUAGUCUGCCUGAAAUCGAUGGGCUGAGCAAGGAGACGGUGCUCAGCUCCUGGAUCGCCAAGUACGACGCCAUCUACAGGGGCGAUGAGGACCUGCGGAGACAGGCUCCCAGAAUGCCCUUCUGUGGCGUGUCUGAGUUGAUCCUGAGCAAAGAGCAGCUGUUGGAGAUGUUCCAGCAGAUCCUUGGCAUUAAGAAGUUUGAGCACCAGCUUCUUUAUAAUGGGUGCCAGCUGGACAACGUGGACGAACAGGCUGCGCAGAUCCGCAGGGAGCUCGACGGCAGGCUGCAGCUGGCAGAGCAAAUCGCCCGGGAGAGGAAGUAUCCAAGGUUCAUCUCCAAGGAAAUGGAGGUGAUGUACGUGGAGGAGCUGAGGGCCUCUGUGAACCUGCUGAUGGCCAAUCUGGAGAGCCUCCCUGUGUCCAAAGCCGGGGGAGAUUUCAAGCUUCAGAAGCUGAAACGUUCUCCGAUAAAUUCCUCCUUCCUGGACAUGGUGGAUGAGAAUGAGAUCAUGCUGUCCAAGUCUGAGGUGGUUUUGUUUUUCACUCUGGAGAUUGUGAUAGUGGAAGUUCAGGGGCUGACAUCAGUGGCUCCCAACCGGAUUGUGUACUGCACCAUGGAAGUAGAAGGAGGGGAGAAACUGCAGACGGACCAGGCGGAGGCCUCCAGACCACAGUGGGGCACCCAGGGGGACUUCACGACGACGUACCCCCUGCCUGUCGUCAAGGUGAAGCUCUUCACAGAGAGCACCGGCGUCUUGGCCCUCGAAGACAAGGAGCUGGGCAGGGUGGUACUGCAUCCCACUACUAACAGCCCCAAAACGGCAGAACUGCACAAGAUGGUGGUACCAAAACACAGCCCGGACACAGAUCUGAAAAUCAAGCUGGCCGUGCGCAUGGACAAGCCCCCCAACAUGAAGCACAGCGGGUAUCUGUUUGCUCGUGGACAAAGAACAUGGAAGCGCUGGAAAAGGCGUUAUUUUAUACUUGUGCAGGUCAGCCAGUACACGUUUGCCAUGUGUAGCUACCGGGAGAAAAAGGCAGAGCCGCAUGAGCUGAUGCAGCUGGACGGUUACACGGUGGACUAUGCUGAACCCCACCCAGGUCUCCAAGGUGGACGGGCAUUUUUCAGGGCAGUGAGAGAGGGGGAUCACGUGAUGUUCGCUAGCGAUCAUGAACAGGACCGUGCACUGUGGGUACAGGCCAUAUACCGGGCCACGGGUCAAUCCUACAAGCCGGUCCCACCCUCCCAGAACCAGAACUGCAGAGGGACAAACUGCCAGCCUGAUACCCCAGCCAACUUGCUCAGUGUGGACCGCUCCCAGAGGCAGGCCGUGGACGAGCUGAUUUCAGCGGCACCCGCACCUGUCGAUCACGCCUCUCUCUUCGUCGUCCUGCAGAAAUGCACACUGCAGCAUCGCAUGAGUGACUCCUUCUCCUGCCUGGGCUGGUUCAGCCCCGGGCAGGUGUUCGUGCUGGACGAGUACUGUGCCCGGUAUGGUGUGAGGGGCUGCCACCGCCACCUCAGCUACCUGAGGGACCUGAUGGAGUACUCCGAGAAGAACACCCUCAUCGACCCCACCCUCUUACACUACAGCUACGCCUUCUGCGCCUCCCACAUACACGGAAACAGGCCAGAUGGUAUGGGGACAGUCACAGAAGAGGAAAAGGAACAGUUUGAAGACAUCAAAAGCCGACUUCUAAGUCUACUGGAAAACCAGAUCGUACAUUUCAGGUACUGCUUCCCAUUUGGACGCCCGGAAGGUGCACUGAAAGCCACGUUAUCCCUGCUGGAAAGGGUAUUGAUGAAGGACAUUUCCACACCAGUCCCUCCGGACCAGCUGAGGAAGGUGGUUCAGAAAUGCCUCGAGAAAGCAGCUCUGGUCAAUUACUCCCAGCUCACUGACUACGCCAGAAUUGAAGGGAAUGCCCACGCCGGCCCGGAGAAGAGCAUGGAGGACGUCAUCCGGCUGGGAGAGCUGUGCAUCGAGGUCCUGCAGCAGAACGAAGAGCACCACGCGGAGGCUUUCUCCUGGUGGCCAGAGGCCAUGGCAGAACAUGCAGAGACCUUCUGGUCCCUGUACACUGUAGACAUGGACGCUGCUCUGCAGGUGCAGCCCCCAGACUCCUGGGACGGCUUCGCCCACUUCCAGCUACUCAACAACUUCCUGCGGACUGACCCUUAUCUGUGCAACGGGACGUUUCACAAGCACCUGCAGAAUCACUUCAUGCCGUUGGUCGUGCGCUACAUUGACCUAAUGGAGUCCUCCAUCGCCCAGUCCGUGCAUCGGGGCUUUGAGCAGGAGACGUGGCAGUCAGUCAAGACGAUAACAGAAAACCUCCCCAGUGUCCCUCUGCCCAAAGUUCCUGGCCUGCCCCUCAUCCUUCCCCAGCUGCCCAGCUUUUCAGCGCCCUCAUGGAUGGGCCCGCUGUGUGACCACAACUUGCAAGGAAUUAAUUUGGCCAACAUCUUUAAUGGCUCAGCAACGUCUGAAGACCUCUUCUGGAAGCUAGAAGCCCUGCAGAUGUUUGUGCUGGACCUGCGGUGGCCUGAGCCCGAGUUCGCGAGGCACCUGGAGCAGAGGCUCAAACUCAUGGCCAGUGACAUGGUGGAGGCCUGCGUCAGGAGAACAAAAGCUGCUUUCGAUUCCAAGAUGCAGAAGGCCGGCAAGUCGACUGACUUCCGGGUGUCCCUGUCCGUCUGCACCAUGUUCAAUGUGCUGAUGGACGCCAAAAAGCAGUCUUCCAGACUCUGCGUGUUGGACUCCGGCCAGGAGACUGACAAACAAUGGCAACAGUACCACUCCAAAAUCGACGUCCUGAUCGACGAGUCCUUUAAGGAGAUGAUUUCCUCCCUGGUUUCGAAGUUUGCGGCCGUCCUGGACGGCCUGCUGUCCAAACUCUCCAGGUACGACGAAGGAACCUUCUUUUCCUCCAUCCUGUCUUUCACUGCGAAGGCUGCGGCCAAAUAUGUGGAUGUUCCCAAACCUGGGAUGGACCUGGCAGAUGCGUACAUUACUUUUGUGAGGGAAAACCAGGACAUCCUUAGAGACAAGGUCACAGAUGAGAUGUACACAGAGAAGGUGUUUGAGCAAUGGUACACUAACUCCACAAAGGCCAUGUGCAUUUGGCUCACGGACAGACUGGACCAGCAGCUCCACGUCUACCAGCUGAAGACCCUCAUUAAGAUCGUGAAGAAGACCUACCGCGAUUUCAGACUGCAGGGGGUGCUGGAGGGAACCCUGAACAAUAAGAGCUAUGAGGCCAUAUACAACCGGCUGACGAUGGAGGAAGCGACCACAUCUGUCACCGGUGGCAACAGCCUCCAGGGCAUAUCUAUGAGAGACAGUGAAGAAGAGGAGGGCUAGAGACCACCUAUAACUGACAUAAGGAGACACCCUCAUCCAUUUUUUUUAACAAAAGACUGAACAUUUCAUAAUAAACUUUAUGCCACACACUCCAAUAAACAAGUGCAUUAAAAGCCUGGCAUUAUUAAAAGUCCCCUGCCAUCUGCACUUGUGCAGUGCGGCUGCAGUGGAUACCAGAUGCACAAAACGUGUCUGUGCGUUGCUCUUUUAAAUCCCAUCUGUAUGGACCAAAAUAACAGAUGUGUUGUGUGCUUGCAUUGCGGUUCCUGAAGUAAAUAUCUAUGGCUGCUAGCACUAGCAUUUGAAAUGUUAAUUUAACAGGUGUAGGAACGCGCCACGUGGCUUGUUAUGAAAUAAUAUUAUAUCAUCUGACAUUGUGUUUUCCUGUAGUAAGAGAGAGGUAUUGGGGAGUGGCGUCUUCUUGUUACUGUAUGAACUAUGAAUGUGUCUCACUUUGCCCUACAGACCAAAGCACUUUUUUCGUAGUAGACGAGGUAAUUGCUGUUUCAUUGCUGGAAAUAGUGUACACAGUAGUUAAUCUAUGUCUAGUUAUUAACAAGAUUGUGUAAAUCAUACGUAAGCUAUUGUUAAAGUCUUCUCUGUAGACAUAAUUCCAGGAUAGGUUUUUAUGUGACAUUAUUCAGUGAAAACUAACUGGGAAAAACAAAAACAAUAUUUAUAUUGUCAUUUGUGCACCUGUAUUUGACCAGGUGUGUUCUAAGUGUUUGAAUAAAAGUGUUUUAAUGUAA